AUGAAUAACAAGAAUUCAUCUACAUAAAUUUAAACCCCCAUUUAAGGACACCCUAUUCAAUUCUCUGGCAAAGGCCUGAGUCCUAGAAAUGAAAUGAACAAAAAAGCAGAAACUGGAGUAGAAAGACUGCAGAGAUUUCAAGUUGAUCAACUAAAAAAAUUCGAUCAUGAUGAGUUGAUUGAUUAAUCAUAAAAGUUUGCUGAUCAAUAUCAGGUUUACAAUGCCAGAGAAAGGGAAAUUUCUGAGAAUCAGUAAUAGUUUGGAAAAGAUUUGUGCCUGAAGGAAAGUCAAGGAAGAUUGAGCCCAAAAGGUCUGCAAAAUGAUAAUCUCACUAGACAAAUGAACAAUUAGCAAAAAUAAGAUUAAAAGAUUCCUAAGCUCAAUGCAAUGACGCUAUUCGCUUUCAGAGACGAUGAUUUCACCUCAGUAUUUUCAGACUGCUUUGCGAAUGUUUCACAAUGCGGAAAUCAAGAAUACAAUGGAUCAAGAGGCAGUAUUGACUACGGAAAUUAGUGGGGACAGGGUAUUCAUUAAAACUCGUGGCUAUAAUAUUACCAAAAUGAUUUCAAAAAGACUUUUUAUGGUGGACCACUUUCCACCUCUUCUUAGACUACUCAUGAUGAUGACUAAAGUGACAGUAAGAGAGUCAACUAAAAUAGAAGGCAAAAAGACUCAUUGAACAGCAAUACUAUGGCAAGAUUGGGGAGCAUCAAACUUGGUAACCAAUAAAACAAUUAGAGCAAGAGAGGAGAAGAAUCCCCCUUGAAUACUAGUGGAUCAUCUCUUACUGAGGAAAUAUUUAACACUGCUCUCAGUAAUUUAGAAUUCUUGAGUGAUGGUGAUUCAUUAGAUGAGAUUGGAAGUGACAGAAAGAACUCCAUUAUUCCUGAGAGAGACUUGAUCGAAUAAUCACUAAAGAGUAUCCCCAUUCUAAGUGAGCUAGCUUUAGAGAAAUAGCCUAGUAUAAUAAAGCCUUCCACGCCAUUCGAAAAAUUAUCUAGAGAAGAUUAGGAGAUUAUCAAUUAAUCCGAUUUUUAUUGUUACGACUAAGCUGGCUGCAGAAUGUUGUAAAAAAGACUUGAUGAAGAUUAAGAUGAUAUUUUCAAAUAAGCCUUGAUAUAAAGACUUCUUCCCAUAUUUUAAGAUAUUAUGGUUGAUCAAUUUGGAAAUUACCUAACUCAAAAGAUACUAGAAGUAUCAAGUCAUGAAGAAAUUAAGUAAAUCAUUUCAUCAAUUCUUCCAUCUAUCACAGAAAUUUCAAUGAGCAUUCAUGGGACUAGAGCUGUGCAAUUUUUGAUUGAAAUUAUCAGCAAAAAUCUUUCAGUCCUUGAUACUGAAAUGAUGAGAAUCAUAGAGUUCUUAAAUCAAUACAUCAAAGAUAUGAGUCUUAGUGUGCAUGGUAAUCAUGUUAUUCAAGCUUUUUUGUGCAUUUUCAAAUCUUCAAUGAACCCCGAGGAUCAUGACUAAGAGGGUUCUGAAAUUUACCAAAAAUACACACAGUUUAUCUUUGACGCUUGCAUUAGAGAUUGUAUUGAGAUUGGUUCACAUAAGCAUGGCUGCUGCGUAAUGUAGAGAUGUUUAGAAAAGGGCAGAGAAGUUUAAAAACUAGCUUUAGCUGAUGUCAUAAUCUAAAACCUGCACUCAUUGAUCGAGGAUCCUUAUGGAAACUAUUUAGUUUAAAAUGUGCUCAAACUGAAUAAUUUGGGAAGAAAUGAUUAAAUUUUCUAAAUGAUUGGCAGCGAUUUUAUUAGAUUAAGCUAACUCAAAUUCUCGUCAAAUGUCAUAGAAAAGUGUCUUGAAAGUAGAAUGAGAAAUGUAACAGUUGACAUGAUUCUGCAAGGUUCUUUUGAUUAGGAUGACUAAACUAUAGUUAAUGAGUUAGGUGUCCUAUAAGCCAAAAAUAAACUAGCUAGGGUUAACUAUAUUGUUGAUAAAUUGAUCUUCCAUCAGUUUGGAAACUAUGUUCUGUAAAAGAUAAUCACAAUUGCGAAAAGCGAACAGCUUCGAGUAAUGAUGCUCGAGAGGAUACACCAACUUUCAGGUGAACUUUCAAGAACUAAACAUGGCUAGAAAGUUAUCACUAAACUAUCAAAGAUGUACCCACAAAUUUUCAACUCUUAUAAUCAAGGCACUAAUAUGAUUGAAAGUAACAACUUCUCCCAAUAAAAAGUGCAAAGAAAAUUCUCCCAAUAAUCCUAGCACACUCAAUAAAGCAAUAAUUAUUCAUAGCACAAUACUGCUGGUAAUAGACACUACUAUCAGAAGAGCAGUGGUAAUGGAGACUAUAUGAAUAAUUACAUGAAUCAGUUUAAUACUAGUAGUGGACAUAAUGGUGGUUACAACAACUACAAGUAUUGA